AUGAACAAAUCUCUUAUAAUUGCCACUGCUGCCAUAGUAGUUUGCGGAAUUGCCUCAGCCAAAGAACCAUCAAGAGUUGGGUAAACCACCAGACUGAUAAUAGAUCUCUCAGGACCAGGUGCUACAACUCCCAAGACUCUCUUUGGCAAGACUAAAACUCCAACUGAUGAGCCGAAAUUUCCAAAUCAGGUGACUCCAUUAGGCCAAAGAUAGUAAUUCAUCGUCGGAUAGGAACUUAGAACAAGGUACUACCAAGAUGCUGGUUUCUUAAACUACUCUUAUGACAUCAGUGCACUUUGGAUUCAAACAACCUUUGAUGCUUAAAAUAUUGUUAGCACCCAAGCUCAUUUACAUGGAAUUUACCCUCCCUACACUAAUAUUAAUACUCUUAACGAUUGGCAAUAAAGAAAUGCUGUCCCUCCUCUUGAUAAUGUACUUAAUGAUUAGUGGACUGCAUGGCAAGCAGAGCUCGGAAAUCUCGCCCUACUUAACGGAUUUAACACUUUCCCCAUUAAUGUUAUGGGUGCAGAUGAUGACUUCAUCCUAAAUCUAAGCGUUGAUAACUGUCCUGCAUACAAGAAAAGCAUCAAUGACAACUGGGCUGCCUUCGAGAACAGUAUUCAAACUAACAAUAAGGACUUCAUCGGUAGACUCGCUCAAUUUGCAGGUCAAACUACCCUUGAUCUCAAGACUGCUUUAGACUUCUGUCAAUACAUCAAGUGGGCUGACCUUCACAAUGUAGUCCUCUCUUUUGACUUCACAAGUGAUGAUGUUUCUAAAUGCGAUGGUCUUAAUACUUAAUAAAACAAUUUCUUUGUUACCCAAGAUUAGGCUCUCAACUUCAUUGCUUCUAACUAAUUCUUAACUCAAACUCAUGAUCAUAUUAAAACUGAAUUGGGUAAGCUUGAUUACAAGGAGACUCAUUUCUACAAAUUGAAUGCUUAAAAAGAAGAGCAUGCAGUUUCAAAUGAUGAGAAACUUAGAAAUAACGUUGACCAAAAGCCAAACUACUUUGUUAUGGUUGCCAGUGAUGUCAAUGUUAGAUUAAUUCUUUCCGGUCUCCAAGGAAAAACAUCAGCUGAUCAAUCAAAUCUUCUUAAGUCAGACACCCAUCCAGCAUCACUCUUAAUGCUUGAACUUGUUCUUGAUAAAACUGGAAAACUUAUGGUUGAGGCUCAGUUCAAUGAUGCUGAUAUCCAAUUAGGUGGUUGCUCUGCUCCAGGCCCAUGCGAUGCCCAAACAUUCUUGACCUAUCUUGAGAAACAAAUUGCUCUUGUAGCAGAUGUGUCUAAGGCAUGUGCCCUUCCAUCUUAAACAGUGCUUAUUCAAUGA